AUGAUCUGUGGUUGUAUUGGGCGAGUAAAGCCGGAGAGGUUGCGUGCUGUCUUUGCGAAUCAUUGGCUCAAGGAUGGUGUUGCGUCGUUAGACCCAAUCGCUAUGUUGUGCUACCAGUGCGAGCGCCGCGACCCUUCGAAGUCGGAGAAGAAAAAAGGAUUCUUUGCUAUGCGCGGCAUCUUCAAGAAGAGUGACAGCCGCGACGCCACCAGGAAAGGUAGCUUAGAAGACAUGUGGAUGUGCCUCACCUGCACGCUUUGCUUCUGCACGGAUCAUGCAAAAAUCCACUGCAACAUGUAUGCGAGGCCCUUCAUUGAUCAUCCCAGAGGCACCUUCAGCGACAGCAACAGCACAAGAGAUCACACUAUCUUUUUGGGCAUACCCAGUGGCGUCCCGACGCAGGGUGAGCACACAUCUCCAGAGAAGAACAAGUCUGUGUUCCCCAUGUACUGCGUAGAUGGCAUCGAGCAGAUGCGCGGGAAUGCACCGCUGACUGAGGACGAGGAAAGCGGUCUUCUGUAUCGUCUCUGCAAUGAGGAGCAGGAGUGGGUGUACAAUGUGUGGUGUAUGCUCUGUAGCGAGAAGCCAGCGCAACUGAGCGCAUCUAAUUACUCAGAAGCCCUUCAAACCCAUUUGUGCGUAAAGCGCCUGGGUGUCGCGGUUGCGAAGCUGUUGUAUCUCUUCCAACACGGUGUUGCUGUGGACCUCCGCAUCGAUGGGACUGCGUCAACUCCGGAGUCGACGACCUUGGGUGGGACUGCUUCGCGAGCUCGCGCUGGCGCCGAUCCUCACGGUGACCGUGGCAGACUUCCGGGUCCAGACCUGCACUCAAGUCAGGUGUCCUCCAUGGUGACGUCGUCCACUCGUGGGCGAAACAUUGAACGAGAAACAGAGCUGAUGGCCAGCGCACACAUUGCAGGUAUUGAGAAUGUGCAAAACACCUGCUACUUUAACUCUGUCCUCCAGUGCGUCCUUAAGUGUGAAUUCUUUACGCGCCCACUUCUCUCACUCAGUGGAGCGGCGCUACCAGGCCCUCUGUCCCGCCGUUUGCAAGACAUGAUUCAUCACCUGCGGAAGGAGACGGCGGAGGAUGUGCGGAGGCACGCAGCGUACCCGUAUGCGCGAGCGGUGCUACAAAGUGUGUGUGAUAUCUCUUCCAUGUUUGCUGAGGAUGACCAACAGGACUGUCAGGAGCUCUUCUUGUGCAUGAUCAAUGGCGUGGCCGAUGAAUUCGACAAGGGAAAGACAGAGAAACAGAAGAAAAAGGGCCCACGCCUGUCAUUCGAGGGUAGUGUGCGCACAGAGGUGACUUGCACGCGCUGCAGCACACACUUUCCCCGUGAGGAAACAUUCAUGGCUCUUUCUAUUCCCGUUGAGGAUUCCAUUGAGUGCGGCCUGCGCAAACUCUUCGCGCCGGGGAAGCUGCGGGAGAAGGAUCAGUACGCCUGCGAGGUUUGCUUCAAGAGGCUUUCCAAAGAGGAACAGGAGCUGCACAACGCUGCUAUCAGGGCGGAGAACGAGAAGAAAGAUAAGGCAAAGAAGAAGGCAGGAAAUGCAGCACCAGCAGAGGAGAAGAAGAGUCUCAACUGCAUCUACGCCGACGCGGAUGUGAAGACGUCCAUCAGCCGUUUGGGCGGCACACUCGCUCUGCACUUGCUUCGCUUUCACGUGGAGGGUCGCGACUUCCACAAGCUGGCGCGCCGUGUGGCGUUCCCAAUGACGCUUGAUCUCUCGCCGUUCGUAUCGGAAGAGGUGUUGCGCGAGCACCGACAUAUGUUCCCUCUUCCCGCCUCAGAGAAACGGUGGGCCGAGCCCCGCGGGAGCAGCGGUGCCUGCAGCAACAGCAACAACAACAACGGCAUACACAUGUUAGCCGACCAAGUACCUCUGGAAGUGGAGCAGCUGCACAACGCUGAGGGGUGUGAAGACGCCGGUCGCACGGCAACAAAGGCGUCUGCAUCGGCGCAUUUGCCGGGAGUGGCAAGUGCGCACCAGGUGUCUGGCGACACUGGUGACGAGGGGAGCCUCGCUUGCGCGUCGCUGACAUCCUCCGCAGCCACCACCACCGUAAAUAUUAAUGCUGCUGCCACCGCAGAAAAUAACAUCACCAACGGUGAAGUGAAGGAACAGGAGCCGCUGCCGUCGCUCCAACGGGAGCUUGUUGGCAUCGUGACGCAUCGCGGAUCCCUCCACGGUGGCCAUUAUAUGGCGUUUGUGCGGAACAGAAACAACCCAGACACGUGGUUCUGCUGCGACGAUGAGUGCAUUGAGAUAGUGGAGAAGGGACGGGUUCUUCAGUGCCAAGCGGAGGUGUAUAUGUUGUUCUACGAGUAG